AUGGAUGAAAUAGAUGGUCAGAUGGUUGCUAGGUAUAUCAUUGAGUUGAGAUGUUCUUUGCAGGAGAAAAUUGGGCUUCAUACUUUGUGGACAGUUCAUGAGGCAUAUAAUAUAGCAUUGAAGGCUGAACUACUAGAAAAAGAUAAGUGUAUUGAGUCGAGUACUAUUGGUAUCAAGAAGAGCAGUUAUGAAUCUUCUGCCCCAUCCAUGGAGAAAAACAAUGACGGAGAUAAGGAGGGUAAUAUUGAUGCCGAAUUUGUGGAUAAAGAUGUUGAUGAGAUGGUCACAGAAGUAUGCAGGGUUCCCAUCUCCAUUGGCAAGCAUUACCAACAGGACGUUUCGUGUGACGUGAUCGAUAUAGAUGCUAGUCAUGUAUUACUAGCGCGUCCUUGGCAGUAUGAUACAGAUGCUACACAUAAAGGACGUGAUAAUGUGUAUUUGUUCAAUUGGGGUUCCCACAAGAUUGCUAUGACUCCUGUCAGUGAAUCUGGAAAAUUAGAGAAGCUAAAGAACUCGAAUUUUCUAAUGAUGUCAAACAGCAAGCAAGAGUUUAAGGAAAAUAUUAAAAAAGCUAAUGUCAUGUACUCUACGUAUGUGAAAGGAUUGUUAGUUGCCUUGCUAGAAGGUGUGUCUUGCCCUAGAGAGCUAGUCUUCCCAAUCUACCUCAUUAUCGUAUAA